ACAGCCACAUAUAAAACAACGAACAACCAGAGGUAUCAACAGAAAAGGAGGAUCGAGUCGGAAAUCAGAUGCAUGAACUCGCGAAUACCCACGUUAAAAUUUAAUUUCAAGGUUUAACACUUCCCAAAUCGAAAAUUGUCAAGUCUCGCCGACGUCUGAUCCCCGUACACAGAGAUGGUCAAUCGUUAUAAAGGGUCUCGUUCGGUAGCGGCCAGCGAUGGUGUGAGUGCCAGCUCCAAAGAUUCCGAUCAGGUCUAUUGCGUACUGCUUCACGUAGUCGAGGCGAUCAAUUUCGUGGGCCGCGAUGCCACCGAAAGGGAGCAAAUCGUGAUGAACGCCGCUCUGAACACCGUGGACUUCGAAGUGGAGGGUACCCAGUCGACCGAAAAGAUCAUCUUCAACAGCAACUGCAUCUGGGAGUGCGACAUGGCGGGGAUCAAGCGCAUCAAGACAGAUCAUCGUCCUGUCAAGUUGACCUUCUAUGCCUGCCGUGGAGGCGGGCCGGAUCGGAAGACCGUCGGAAGCCUGCUCCUGCCAAUACGAGGACUUCCAGUGCUCAGCACUAGCGGCAGCCAGAAUUCACCCCAUCUAAAGAUGCUCUGGCACAAGCUCAUCUGUAUCAGCAGCGAGUUCCGUUCCCAGAAGCCGGAGGUCCUGCUCAUGCUGGCCAUCAUCAAGAAGUCCAUUCUGCACACCAAGGACUUUGACCACCUCAUGCAGUUCACCGAAGUGAAAUCGCCUCCUACACCGCCAAUGCAGUCGCCCGGACACUCGAUAACUGCCAGCAUGCUCCAGUCCCAGGCCAACGUAUACGUACAGUCGUUGGUGCAACUGGGCCUGCUGCAGGUGGGCAAUGAUCCGCUGGUCGACUGCGACAUCAUCGAGGUGGUGCUGCAACUGAAGCAACUGAAGAAUGUGUCCCGGCUGGUCAAGUCAGUCAACCAGGGUAGGGACCCCGGCUCGGUGAUCCUGGUGUUCGACUUCGUGGGAAAUGUAACCAACAUCGAGCUGAAGCUAAACGAGUCUGAUUCCUAUAUCCUCAACGAUGUCCUCGGGCUGCGCUUUAAGACAUCCUUGCGCAGCAUGCGGCUCUACUUCCAGCGGAUCUUCUAUCUGCCCAUCAACAUGUACAUGAAUGGAACCGCAAUAGCCAACUAUCGCAUGGACUUUACCAAUCUGCUGCCUCCGGACAACUACUUCUCCGACAAGCAAAAGUACACUUACAACGGCUCCUUUUCGUUUAACCGAUUUGGCAGGACGGACAGUGGUAGGGAACCCAAACCUCCUCUAAUGGAGUACACUUUUAGUGUGGAUGUCAAGACGAUAUUCUCACGCCAGGGUCAGGAGGAACCUGAACCAACGCCUUCGGUUGCGAGCGGGGUUAUCAGAGAGCCAAAGGAUCGUAAAAAUACCGCAGAAACAUCACUGUCACUAAAAACUGCUUCAGUGGAUAGUUUGAAUGUGGGUGCCGAGCUGUCAGCCUCGGAAGGAUCCUACAAAUCUUCGCCACCGGAGGAUAUGCACGACUCCGAUGGACCGGCGGAUCUACCAAAAACUCAGAUUAGGCGGAAAAAGUCCACUCGAUUUAAUAGUAAGGAUGCCAAUCUGGAGAGCGAAGAUGAGCAGUAUCUGGGCCAGAGAUUUUCCGCGUCGGUAGUUCGUGAGGGUUUAAAUUUAAAUGAAAAUGAAGAGGCAACAGUAUUGAAAUCUAAGGAAAAUGAACACCUGUCAGAUGAAUCCAAUGCUGAAUCCACUAGUAUAAAGUUUUCAAAAGUAGUCGAAGAAGAAAUCAAUGAUCAGAGGAGGCCUACAAUGAAAUCAACGGCAGAGGAAUCUCCUCUGCCAAGCAAACCCAAGAUUACUUCCCACGGAUCGAAAGGGUCAAUUAGGGAGUCUUCCCAAUUUAAAAUGAAACCACCAACGAAUCCCAGUCCGAUUGUUGAGGAAAUGGACUCCGAGAAUUUUGAAGAACUGUCUUCCCUAGACUUGUUUGAGCUGGAAGAAAAGAGACAAGCCAAGGAAGCUGAAUUGGAGUCCCUGCGGAGGCAAAUGAAAAAGGCAGGUCAAGCUGAAUCUUUACAAAUGUCAAUGGAUCGUAAAAUAAAAAAAACCAAAAAGGUAGACAUUGAAGUAGAGGGAAGUGAAAGUAAUCUAAAUAUAACCGAUGAGGUCAUACCGAAACCUCUCAGUAAACUCUUCUCCAAGGAUAAAGUGAACAAAACAAAAUUGAAAACGGAACCAAAACCUGAACUCCACAAAGUUCCUUUAACCCAGGAAAAUCUUUCUAAAUUAAGAAACCAUAACAUUUUAGAGGAUAGCUUCGAAAGGAGUGAAGAGAACUUAAGUUAUGGUUAUGACCUUCCUGAAAAACCAAAUUCCGCCAGGGAUAAGUUAAGAAAGAACUCAAAAGCCCCCAGGACUGUGAAAGCAAUAGAUUGCAUGGACACAGAUUUAGAAACUGACAUAAGUGUACUUAAUGUCCGAAGCAAAGGUAAAACAAAAUCUCAAUUAAUGCCUCCUGAGGAAUUGGAAGACUUUGAAGAGACGUCCACAAGUACGCAGGGAACCAGGAGACCCAAAACAUCUAGGGGUGAUCUAAACCUUCGUGCCCGUUGGGUAGAGGUUAAUAAGGCGCAGACGCAUGCUUUGGGUGAAACUGAAAAGUUUCUACAGGAGACUUGCCGUGCCGAGCUCGACGAGGUCCUUUACGAGGAUCAACUGGCGCUCGGCCUGGCAAAGCCUCCUAAAGCAAAAAAGAAACUUGGAAAAGCCAAAGUCAAAAGCAUUGAUUGUGAAAGCUCUUAUGUGGAGGAAAUUACUUAUAGUGAAAGGGAUCUUGUUGAUAAUCCGAACCAUCAGGUGGAGCUUGAGGGCUCCGAGGAUUAUAUCUCUCUGUCGGAAGGCAAUUCAAUAUCAGCGGAAAAUAUUUCUUCAGAAACGGAACACCGGGAUUUACGUGUUACCUUUGCUCAAUCUAAAGUGAUGAAGAAAAAGUUGAGAGUUUCGUCUGGCAAGGAUCACCUUGAGCAGAUGGACUUCAGGACCUCCGAGGAGUAUAUCUCUAUGUCUGAGAGUAACAUAAGAACUGCUGCAAAGAGAGAUCGUGUUGGGACAAGGAUGAGGGCUCUGGUAGAAGAGGAUCAGGAAAACCAGGUGGACUUUAGAACCUCUAUCGAAUGUAUUCCUCAGUCGGAAGGCAGAAGAACCGAUCGUGUUAAUAAAAAGAAGAAAACCACACUUGACGUGGCAUCUACCAGCUCCCAAGAAUUUAUCUCAAUGUCGGAAAGUAAUGUGAACACUGCAGAGAUGAUGAAUCCAUAUAUUGAACAACGGGAUGUACGAAUCAUUGAAAAGAACAAACGUAAGAAGACUUUAAUACAUGAAGACCCUGUCAAUGAUUACGAAACUCUGGAAGAGGAAUCAGUUAAGCCAGUGAAAAAAAAGAUAAUCAGAAAAAAGUCAUCGGUUAUAUUAGACAAUGAAGAUCAUGUGGUCCACGAUUACGAAACUCUGGAAGAGGAAUCAGUUAAGCCAGUGAAAAAAAAGGUAAUUAAGAAAAAGUCAUCGGUUAUAUUGGAAGAUAAAGAUCCAAUGCUCUAUGAUUACGAAACUCUGGAAGAGGAAUCAGUUAAGCCAGUGAAAAAAAAGAUAAUCAGGAAAAAGUCGUCGGUUAUAUUAGAAGAUAAAGAUCCUGUGCUCUAUGAUUACGAAACUCUGGAAGAGGAAUCGGUUAAGCCAGUGAAAAAAAAGAUAAUCAGGAAAAAGUCAUCGGUUAUCUCUGAGAGCAUUGAACAAACGGCAAUCAAUAAUCCUACACUAGAAGUGGUUCAUACCCAGCCUAAGAAAAUAGUUCGGAAAAAGGCAAAAACUGCGUGUGACAUCCAAUUCGUUGAAGAAUGUCCGAGAACUAAAAAAGUAUUAAGUUCUCGAAAAGAGCUCAAGAAUUUAACCACCUCUGAAGAUGAUUUUAGCGUUCAACAGCCUUUAAAAGCAAUCGAUGCAAUAGGUCAGCGGGUCAAGUCGUGGCGAAGGCAACAAAUUUACAUUUUUGAGCAGGAGUUAGCGCGCAAGGAGUUGCACUAUAAAAAACAGUUGGAGGAGAUGGAGCACCAAGAGACCAGAGUACAUCAACUAAACAAGGAGGAGGCGAAUCUGGAUGUAACUUUUAUUAGCAAUAGAACAAAUGUGCCGAGCGUUGACUAUGAGGCAAAGUUUAAAGAGCUGGAGGAGCACAUAGCCCUGUUGAAAACGGAGAUGGAGGCGCAGGUUAGGCUUUUUGAGAAUCGGAGUGGAGAGCUGCGGCAGGAGAAUCUUCAGCUUUACACCGAGAGGACGGAACUUAAGGUCCGCAUCGCGGCCAUGGAGCAGCAGAUUGGAGACCUUAAGGCCCAGGGCUCAGACGAUGGAGAUCUCAAGGAGGUUCUUGGGGAACUAAGGACCCAGAGUUUCCGAUAUAAUAAACUAGCCAGUGAAAAGGAGCUCUACAGGAAGCGGUGGCGAAGAUCCCUCAAGCGAGUGCACGCCCUCAAAUUGGCUAUGUACGAAAGGAAUUUGGAGAGGGUUCACAGCAGCAUUAAAAUCGAGCCCAUUGACCUGCGAAAAGUUCUGACCAAGGACGCCAUGGAAUUCGAGAGGGAGUACGGACAGUUUCGCAAGCAUUGUGUGUCUUCAAAAUAUCCCUUCAGCUCGUUGUCAGGAUCGGGCGACUUUUCACCUCCAAACAAAAAGCCAGUGCCGACCAACGAAUUUUAAAGACACGAUACGGAGAAGAUAUUUUC